CGUGUGUAAUUAAGUGUCGCAAAAAGACGCAGAUAGGAAAUGUACUGGGCGCUAACAUGUGAAGGUAAUCAGAGUCCGAUGGGGUCUAAGUGUGUGCGCGCGGGUGUGUGCGUCUGUGUGUAUGUAAAUAGGAAAAGCAUGUUGUUGUGCGCCAUGGUCGGCUAACAGGAUGGAAGCGCCGUGUCCCAUGCCAAGGCUGAGGGUGAUAAAAAUGUUCAUGUAAAUUGCAAAAAACAGUUUUUAUGUCCCAUUGCCGCAUUUUGGAGGGGAGGAGAAGAACGAGACGGGCAGGCGGCUGCGUGUGAAGUGGUGCAAUAUAUUAGACAAGGGCGGUUGGAGCUGAAUGCUCCUCGCCAGAUUGGAUGAGGCUGAUGCGAAGGCUGAGGCUUUGGCUGAAUGUUGAGUGGGUGGAUUGUGGGUCGUUGCCGCUUUGAAGUGUCGGCAAUGUUGGGCGUAGUUUUGGUUCUAUUUAUAACGCAUCGAUGUUUCUGCCCUGUGCCAAAUUGAUGCUGUCAGUGAAGAGCAGCGAAUAUUUAACGCGUGCAUGCUACACAACACUACCAGCAAAGCGGCUAAAGUUGCGCAACACUACACAGCAAGUAUGGCCGUUGCUGUCAAAUUAUAACGAGAAGCUGUAUGAGAUAUUCGAGCAAAUUAUCAAAUGGGCAUAAGCCAAUCGGAUGUCAUAGAAUCUGGAAGGAUUAUUGCGACCUGUAGGCCCUUCGUUCUUAUCUUGUCCACAAACUUUCCAGGAUUAUCAUACCAUUCGAUAUGGUAAGUUGUAAAUAAGGCACUUUUAAUCAAACUGAAGAUUCCGAAUCGGGUGCAGCCGGAUGUGAUACCGCCGCCCGACUCAAUUGGCAUUUACUCAAACAAGAUGCACUACAUGAAGAAGCAUCUGCUCGAUGAGCUGAGCACGAAAAUGUUCGCUCUCGAUUUUAUGCAGCCGGUGGACUCGGAGGCUCUACAGGUACCCACAUACUACACAAUCAUCCAGCGUCCCAUGGACGUGGGCACCAUCAUCAAGCGCGUGCAGAAUCGAUACUAUCACAGCGUGGAUGAGCUGAUAGCCGACUUUAGGCUGGUGAUAAGCAAUUGUUAUACAUUUAAUCGGCCCGAGGAUAUGGUCUAUCGCAAUGGCCAGAAGCUGGAGAAAUUUUUCCUUAAGGUGCUGAAGAAACUGCCAGAGGGCCUUGAGGUGGCCUGCAACAGGGAUCCCCGAGCAGUGUGCAGUCCGCGCAGCAGCGAAAAAGCCUCCGCAUUCACGGAGCGCAAGUGCCGCGAGCAGCUGAAGAAGCUGCAAGGUUCCAACGCAGAGCAGGCCGAUGCGGAUGCUCGCGACUUCUAUAAGGAGAAGCUGAGUGCGGUUUCAAAGAAGCUGAGCAAACAUCAUUUUAAGACACUCGAAGACUUCCACUCGCAUUUGGACGUAACCUUUCUGCAAUCGCGAAAUCAGGCAAAGAAAAUUUUCGAGAAUGCAUAUCACGAGACUCUCGAUAGCAUAUCCCAUCACAUGCAGAACAAGGAGCUGAGCCAGCUGUUCUAUGCCCUACAGAAGGACCAAAACGGUUUGAGGAGAGGCCAACAGCAAGGCAAGCAGUCUAGGUGGGAGGAUAAUCUAAUGGACGAGCUAGAUGCUACUGUCGAUAGACUUGGCAGUAAGCUGGACUCGUGUCGCCUGGACGAUGAGGAGGAGGAGGCGGAUGAGGAUGAGGAGCAAGAAUAUAUGAAGGAGGAACAACUGAUAACUGCAGAAGGGGAAGAGGAACGCACCAGCAACAGUCAGGGCCAUAAGCUUAGCUCGUAUAUGAACGGAUGUGGAGCCAAUUUACCUAACGCCAAGGACACAAACGAGCCGAUGGACUGCGUCAGCGAGGUGGAACGUCGGGCCAUUCAGCAACAGUUCGUAAUGUUGCCGCUGAACUCAAAAAUCGAGAUAAUGCACAUUAUUGCGCAAACCGAGGACAUAUCCACGGACAACUGUGACCUGCAGUGGUUCGACAUCAAAAACUUUGGCGCCGAGACUUUAAAUCUCAUGAAAAAGGCCAUGCAUCCGCACACCAAGCUCAAUUUGCGCAACAUGAAGCCCGACGAGAAGGAGGACCUGCAGCGCAGCCUCGAAAUGCGACUGCAGAAUAUAAACCAAGCGCUCAACGGCAACCGUCGCAAGUACACGCAUAGAAUGCGUAUUCGCACCGCCAUGCCGGCCAAGAAGAGGCCGCGCUUCUCGGCCCCGAGCACGUCGAAGAAGAAUUCCAGCGGCGCCUCCAGCUUACAGCAGCAGCAGCAGCAGCGACAGCUGCAGUCAGGUGUUGGCUCCUCCAAAUCUGGACUGGGCAGGCAAUUGCAAUCGCAGGAUAGCAGUAGCGAAAGCGAUUCUAGCAGCAACAGCGAUUCCAGCAGCAAUAGCGACUCCAGCGACAGCAGCGACUCCUCCAGCGACAGCGGCGAGGAGGCCAAAAAAAGAGGCUCAUCAUAAGAAAAAUGUACACAUUUGCAUUCGAAUUAAAAUAAACUGCCUGAG